CAGUCACUUAAAUUGUUCCUCUUCACCGGCACCGGAAUGAUAUAUCGGAGUAGUCCGCCGGAGUUCUCUGGUUUAUGAUUCCCUCCGAUUCCGACUCUGCCUCCGAUGUAUAUUUCUCAGCUGCAGUAGUUUUUGCAAGGUUGCUGGCUUUGAAUUGAUCUGGUUAUUAAUUUGUUACAAAUAUGGAGAGGCCAAGAUCCUCUCCUGAGCAGGUAAACAUAUUAUCUGAUGAUUCAUCUUCUGAUGACAAUGCUGGACCAGAAAGUAAACGGCUACGAACUUCUGCAGAGAUCCCUCAACGAGCUUUACGGACAAUACCUGAAGAUGUGAUGCUAGGAAAGGCUCAAACCUACCAAGAAUACAUGAGACAGAUUCCUAUCCCCUUGUUACGUGGCUCUGUUGUUCCAUUUACUUCUUGGACUGGAUUGGGCACAUCCCUUAAGCAACUGUAUGGGCAACCUCUGCAUUACCUCACCAAUGUGCAUCUGAGACAAUUGGACAUAUUGAGAAUUGGAGCAGAAGAUGAAGACAGGCCACUGGAUACCAUAAUUCCGCCUCCUAAAGCCGAAGCCAGCAUCUGGCUUAUUGAAGAAGUUCACCGGCUGUCCUCUUCACAUCAUCAUCUGGCUAAACUUUGGCUUAAUGAUCCUUUGCAUCAUAUUUUUAUUGAUCCCAUUUUUAUAGAACUGCAGAAGCCAUCUCGUUGAGCUCCUAUGGUGCAACAUGUAUUGUAGAUUGAAAGUUGUACAUUCCUGUAGUUUACUGGAGAUGAAUGCCCAUAGACAGUUUGAAAUACUCUGUCUAUAUCUGUAGACCAGUUUUAAUUGCUAGAGCGUUGAGGCAAAUUAGUCAGUUUGAAAUCGGCGAAUCUCGUCUCCUUUACCAUGUUUUUCUUUUUGCCUACGAAGUGAAUUUGAAAUA